AGCAUACCAAACUUUCUUGGGAACUUGGGAGAGAUACAACCUGUGUCAGGCAACACCAAAAGCUGGCAGUGGGUCAUUGACCAGCUCAAAAGCUAUCCGCAAACGUUUGCUCAGAACGCGGAAACGCCUUUCAUACACAAAGAAUUAUACCUCAAUCAAUCUCCAGCACCAAUACGAGCAGCAUUCGGUAUUUGCGCUGCCCAUAUCUUCGUGAAUGAUGGCAACAAGUCGAUGCUGAAUCGAACUCUCAACGCAGAGGUAACUGAAUUGCUGAGGCCUGCUCUGGACGAGACUAUUCUACAGGCACUGGCUAGAAUGCAGGCACUGGUGUUGUACCAGAUUAUCAGGAUGUUAUAUGGCGACCUCGAACAACGCAUCUCAGCUGAACAGCAAGAAAACUCAAUAGCAGCUUCCGGAUUGCAGCUUCUCCGCCGUGCAGACUGGGAGCUUCAGGGCGAGCAACCAACGUGGAAGAAUUGGAUCCUAGCAGAGAGCAUCCGUCGUACCGUUAUGGUAGCGUUCAUGUCGUACGCGGUAUAUUCGCUUUUCAAACAUGGCAUAUGUCCCGAAUUCCCAACGUUAUCUAUGUUGCCCGUUUCCACGAAAGCAAAUUUGUGGGGCUCGCCUGGAGUUGGCGUACAGCAUCACAUUCUGGAUAAAACUAUGAAGUAUCACGAAUAUACCGACAAUUGGUGUGCCUUUCCCCAACUGGAUCCGGCCCCUUUCGAGAAGAUGCUACUCGUAGCCUGCAAGGGCUUAGAUCAAAUCGAAGCACUUACAUUCGCCGGGACCAUUGGUUGA